AUGUCGAACAAUCUGAUCGCCGUUGUCCCCGUCCUCGACGGCUCGAACUGGUCGCUCUGGUCCCAGCAGAUGAAGGCGUACCUCAUGUCCCAAGGCCUUUGGGGACACUGUGACGGUACAAUUAUUAUGCCUGACCCUGUCGUAACCACCUACAAGGACGGCAGCACCAGUGAAGAUACCUCUGCACGAGACGCCUGGAGACUGAAUGAUACCAAGACCAUUGGUACAAUUCGUCUUCGAUGCUCCCCUGCCGUUGCCACCCUUAUUCAAGACAAGACAACGGCUAUAGAAACCUGGAAGGAGCUCAAUUUCACGUAUGGUAUCUCAUCUCUUGCCUCCAUCUAUAACGAACUGCGUGGGGCGUUAACUACCAGGAUCCCAGCCGACCAACAUCCCGCUCCCGCCUUUGCCAAGAUCACCAAGCAUUUUAACGCUUUGGCUUCUGAGAGCCAGACCCUCCCUAACUGUCUCCAGGGAUUGAUCUGUCUCAAUGCGCUCCCUCCUCGGUAUGACUCCCUCGUUCAAGUCUUAGUCCAGGGAUCGACAUCGACUAUGGACAUUGACAAAGUCCGGGAGGCUGUCGUCACUGCCUGGGAGCAAUCCCAGAACAAGAAGACAACACAGCUAGGUGCGCACAAGAUCUCGGCGGUGAAGCGUAAGCCGGGCGAUCCCUCCUUUUCUUCGCAGCAGCAGCAGCGCCCUCAGGGCAGCAGCAGCAAUGCGCGAGAUGGGAAGAGGCGCCCUUAUCGCGGCAAGCGCGCAGGCAAGAAGCGUCAAGGGCAAAACCACGAUCACCACCAUGCCCACAACGUC